ACCCCCACGUUCAUCUCCUUUUCGUCUUUCCUUAGUUUUCCACCAAGUCAAAGUUCUUGAAACAACCCUCUUACAACACAGCAAUAACCCAAAACCUCCUCAUAUACCCCAACUCCAACGCACUUGUCCCUUGGGUUCAGCUAGGAAUUAGACACAAGUCUUGAUUGUGAGUAUGGCUUUAUCAUGCGGUCAGGGCGAUCAGGUUCUGCCUCUAAAUGAGAAUGAUUCUCAAGAAAUCGUAUUACACCAACUCCUCAACGAGGCUGAUGCCUUAAACACUUCUUCGCAUCAGAUCAGGAGUCAGAGUUUUAACCUCCGCCCGUCUCAUUCCGUCACAAAGAAGAACUACAGAGGCGUGAGGCGGCGGCCCUGGGGGAAGUUCGCAGCCGAGAUUCGGGACUCCAACCGGCAGGGGGCAAGAAUAUGGCUGGGGACAUUCGAAACAGCCGAAGAAGCUGCUUUGGCUUACGAUAAGGCGGCAUUUAGAAUGCGAGGCACAAAGGCUCUCCUCAAUUUCCCUCCUGAAAUCGUGGCUGCUGCUGCUUCUUCAUCGAGCACUCCAACACUUGAUCGCGAUCAAAAACAUUUGGAUAAUUCUAGAAACUGUUUGUCUGAUGAUGCAAGUAGUGUGUCAAGUGAGAUGGUUUGAGACAUAUAAGGGUUGGGGUUGAAUCGUAAUUUCUUCUAGUUUUGGGUGUACUUAAUUGUAUGCUUGCGGGUGCUCCCCUCUGUGUUUGCGUAUUGCAGGUACUCCCAAGCAAAAAUGCCUUACGAUAAUCGUUUGCUUUUUUAUUACUGCACUUAAUUUGUUCAGUGCUUUUUUAUCUUCA